CCAACGUGGGAUUCGAUCCCGGGUCUCCAGGAUCGCGCCCUGGGCCAAAGGCAGGCGCCAAACCGCUGCGCCACCCAGGGAUCCCGAGGAGGUUUUAUUUCUUAAGCCUGGUGCUGAAUACACAGGGAUUAUUGUAUUAUUCUUUAUUCCUAUUUGUCUUAAAGAUUUCACAUGACAAUUGAAAAGAUCAAACUAGGCAAAACCCAACUGCCUGCCCCCCUGUUUCCUGUGGCCUAGAGGGCAAAAUCCAUAAUCCUUCCCACCCCCUACCUCUGAGGCCUCCUCCUGAGCAAGUUUGCUCUCCAUCUUCUUGCUCACGUCACUCUCACUAACUGGACUUGCUGCACUUGACAUGCGAAACUCCUUCUGGAAUGUUCUACACCCCAGCUUUUACACAGACACACAAUUCUCCUCACUGACUCGACUCCCAGUCACUACUCAGGGCUCAGUUUAAAUGUCACUUUCUCAAAGAGGCCGUAGGGGACCCCCACCAAACCAGAGCCCCGUGUCCUUUCCCUUACAUCAUGCCAAACUUUUCCUUCAAGCAGCUUACCACAAUUUCUGACUGCCCAGCUAUGCAGAUGCUAUUACGUGUACACUGUCUCUCCCCAGCUGAUCCGUAAGUUGGGUGAGUCUAUAGCCUGGGUCUGACCCACAGCAAGGGUGCCAUGCAUAGUAAGUGACCAAGUGACUCUGGAGGAAGAAUGAGCAGCAGACCAGGCCCCGAGAAGCCACAGUGAGGCCCUUGGGGAUUGAAUCCCACCACCAAUGAGAGAGCUGAGGUUGUUCUGGAAAAUAGAAGCCUCCAGGGAUCUGCUCUCACCUUCUAAUCCCUGUGUAGAAGAAGGGCACAGGUGUUUGGGGAACAGUCCCUUUGGUGGGACUGUCGGGCCAAGAGAGGUGGCUCCUAUGGGGGUGGUGAGCUCUCCGUCAGGGCAGGAGCCAGGUGCUGGCAAUGCAGUAAAGGGCACGUCUGCAGGUUGGAGCAGUGACCCUUAGGUCCUGUGGCUACCAGUUCUUGCCAUUUGGCCACGACCAGCAGCCUCUCUGGACAUUCUGGGGGAACUUGCUUUCUAAGCCUGUUCACCUGCUGGCUGAGUGGCUGGGAGGGAAAGUUGAGAGCUAGGGUGCAAAGCUGGAAGCAUGAGCCAGUCCACCCCACAUUGCUCCGGGCCUCUCUGGGAACCCAGUCUUCUGUGUGUCUGGCUCUAGAAUCAGGGACCAUGUCCUGGCUCCAGGUUGCCCUAUGACAACUGCCCUAUGCCCAGCUUCUCCUUUCCCCAAAGGUCUGAUUUGACAGCCUGGCACAUAGUAGGGCUUGAUAAAUGUUUACUAAGUGGAAGAAACAUGCAACGUGACAGUGUUUCUUCAGGGCAGGAGAGUAGAGUGUCUACUGAACGUGCUCUGGCAUUGACUGCCUGUGUCUAAAUCCUGGCUCUGCCACUAAUGGGCUGUGUGACCUUGGACAAGUUGCUGAACUUCUCUAUGCCUUAGUCUUCUGACUUCUAAAGUAGUGAUAAUAAUGGUAACUUCCUCUGAGGUCACGGUGAGCAUGGCAAGAAUUGAUCAGUGUAAAGCACUCGGAAGAGCGCCGGCACAGAGGAAGGACACGCUAAAUGCUCUGAGUGGAUUUUGCAAUGUCACACCGGUGGCCAGUGGGGGAGGGCCUAUGGCGGGGAGGGGGGCGCAGUGGGAUUUCAUGGUCCAGAAAAGUGUGAGGGAGGAACAGGGUUCAUUGAGCCCCCACUAUGUGGCCUGCAUGUCUGUGACAACUGGCAAUCUGCAUCAGGCCCUCACGACUACCCUGCAAGGUAGGCAUUACCAUGUUCCUUUGCAAAGGAAGACACUAAGGCUCACAGAGGUCAGGGGAUCUGCUGGAGUGAGGCGGGACCCAUCCCACUUCUGGCCCAGUCCUGGAAUGGGAUGUUGUGGCCACUGCCCUCACUCAGCUGCUCCCAGGACUGGUGUUGGAAAACAACCCGGGUGGGGCCAUGUGAUGGGUGCAGGGCGGGCUCUGGGGAGCUGCCGCUGAAAAUCAGAGGGAGGAGGAGGGCAAGGAAGGACUGGUCAGCCCUGGGAGUGAUUUGUACCACUUAGCAAUCACUUACUUUGCACUUGGGCAUGUGAUGUGCAUGAUCCCAUUUUUUCCUCAUUACAGUUUUAUGAGGUAAGGGCUAUUGUGAGCCCCACCUAGAGAUGAUGAGGAUAGGGACCAGAGAGGCUAAGUAAUGCGCCCAAGGUGACACAGGCAGAAAGUGGUACAGAGUCCAGGGUUGAAGCCUCUGCAGCAGGAAGAUGGGGGUUCUUGAGACUCAUGAAGACCUGGGGUCUGAGGAGCAGGACAGGGGCCUCCAGAGGGCUGUGGGCAAUGUCCCCCAUGGCUAGAUCCAUCUUCAGGUCCCUUUUACUCUUUGAGGAGCACAGCUCAGCUGCCAGGCCUUGAGUCCUUUCUCACCCCAUGCAAAGCCCUGUGCGUGCGAGCUGAGUGAACACUCACCCAAACCAGGCCCCAGACAGAGUUGGAGGAGUGGCCGGCCCCGGGGUCCUCAGGGGACUGAGGAAGGGAACAAUGGUGCUAAUUCCUUCCUGGGUACACUGAGUCAGCCCCUCGGCCCCACCUCAUCUCUAUUGCCCUGUGCGUGCUCCUUCUGGUAGAGGAAGGGUCAGCCUCCCUGUGCAAGCCCCAGGGGCUUCAGAGAUGAAAGGGACUAAUCAGACUCAGGAACACCCACCCACAGCUCCUCUGUGCUGGGCACCUUGUUUCAUUACAUCUUCCUGCUCUCCUGCCAGGGAGCAAAUCUGGUCCCCCAUUUUGCAGAUGGAGAGAAGGAGCACCUGGCUGGAGCAGUUAGUGGUGAAGCCAGGACUUGACGCUGGGUUUCCCAGACCCCAUCCCCCGUCCUGUGUCGCCAUCAUCAUCAUCAUCACCACGACCACCACCACCAUCAUCUGCAUUCCACCUGCAAAGCCCAGUGAAGCCCUCAGCCCGGGGUUUCUGUUCCUACUGGUUAUCACACUUGCCUCAACAGGGGUCUGGUGAUGUAGGUACUAUCGCCAUCGUGUCCACUUUGCAGAUGAGGAAACUGAGGUCCAAAACUGUCACUAGGAGGUGACAGAGCUGAGAUCAAGAGCCACGUCUUGCCACCCAAACACAAGGGCUUCGCCAGUGUGUUCUUUUCCCACAGUUGAGAAGGAGCCGAGUGGUGCAGACAGGCGGUGAGAGCCUAGGGGCUCAGAGGAGGCAGGGCUGUGGCUGGCGGUGCAGCCGGGGAAGAUUCAGAGACCGGAGGGGCUGGGGCUGGGCCUGGGGGGCUGCGGACAGACAUGGGGGGAUCUGGAUCCGAGUUGAGCAAAGGGAGCCCAAAGCCAGAGGCUGGGGACCAGGGUGAGCCGGGGACCUGGAGCCAACCGGACCUGAGUGGGAGCCGCUUCUGCUGUGUGACCCCCAUUUUCAUCCCCACUCCCCAACCCCCAGCCUGUGAUUUUUCAGCUGAGAAGAGAAAUAAUAACCCUGUUUGUUGCUGUGGUUGGUGCUUAAUAAAUACUUGUUAAAUAAACAAAGGGUUGCAGUGACGCUUCAGUGAGACAGACCAGGCGGUGCCUGGCAGGGAGCUGACACUUCCAGAGGGUUCCUUCCCCGAGAGCAGCCACAGAGCAGGACAACAGGUUCAGCUGGCCCCAGGGCUGAGCAGUGUGACCUCGGGCAAGUCACUUCACCUCCCCUAUUGUCCCAUCCAGUGACCAUGACAUGCAUCAAGGCCCUACAGUCUGGCUUGGUGUCCCUACAUGUGGCCUUCUGCCCCUUUUCCUGCCUUCUAGAAAGCCUGCAUGGCCCCGGUCUUAGGAAGGGCUGCCCCUGUGGGCUAGAGGCCAGGGUGACAUGCCCCUGCAGCCACUAGUGAUUUUCCCAUGAGUGGGGCAGGUGCACCCAGGGAGAUUUGACCUCACAGCCUGCCAGGGUUGCUGGAGUCCACUGGGGCUGCUGUCACUUUAUCAGCUUUUCUUGUAUGAAGGGUGUUAUGGGCAAGGAGGGGGCAUUUGGUGUCACCAAAUCAGAAGGAAAACAUAGUGACAGGCGUGGGGUCUUUUCCUGCCUCCUCUGGACCCCUGGCAGGCAGGGCCUCCAGCCCCACUCAGGGAGGAGCAGGUUAGCAAUGGUGCCAGCAAGUUGACAGCCCUGCUGGUCACAUUCACUAUCUCCUUGAGGCCGGAAUGUCCUUGGCUAGCUGCUGCCUCCCUGUGCCACAGCCCUGCUCUUGGCCUCAGUUUCUCUAGUUAUCCAGUGAAGUCUGGACUAGGGGCUCCAGAUUUUGGACAUUUACAGCACCGUAAAAUUAAAGGAAAAAAGAAAAAAGCUUGGUAACUGGCACAGCAUUGCCAAUCCUUCACUUUGCCAAGAAAGGACAUUAAGUUUUUAAAGGCAGCCAGCAUCUCCCAUCCGUAUCAUUUCCCCAAAGAAAGAAUGUUUACCAUGAAAGGAGUCUCAGGAUGCGCUCAGAAUCCCGGAUAGUCCCGCAGAGGAAGCUGGCCAGGAAGGGGAAGGUCUCGUCCAAGGUCACCCCGAGAGGCAGUGAGAGGGGCCGGGCCUCCCAGAGCCCCUGCCGGAGGAAGUGUGCCGAAACCGUGUUCUUCUAUGUGUUCGUUUCAUGGCACACUUGUUGCAAGAGGAUGAGACCGGCUCCCUGCCUUCCAGAAAAGUAUGGUUUCAUUGUAGACAUGAUCCAGGCACCAGUACAACCAGGGAAUGCGCUCUCUCCGACAGAAUAUCUAUAUUCAGAGGAGGUGAUACCCAUCUUCUACGGUCUGUGCCCCAUCUUUCUACACUUUGCCCUUGAGCCCUUGGGCCUUUGCCAGGAAGCCCCGCGUGACAAACAAGGGAAAGAAAUCCUGGCUGUCUCCCGGUGGUUGUCACAUGAAAGCACGAUGCCAAGCUUCAUACUUUUCACUUUCUGGUCGGGCAUUGUGUGGGUCAGCCCACGCGCUGAGGGGUGAGCCUCUCAUUCCUUCCGAAGGAGCGAGCAGUGACAGGAAUGCUCACUUAUUUGGACAGGGCCCCCACCAACCGAGGGUCUUCAGGGGGACAAGCUCCGUGCAGGCUCCUCCAUGGCGGAGGGUGAUGGGUCGGGGGGCAGCUUUCCCAAAGGCCCAGGAGUGAGCAUUUGGGACCGUGGCUGAGCAGAGCAAUGGGCAGAGGGCCCGGAAUAUCGCAGGGGCUUGAGAACACCGCUGUGACCAGGAGAGGAGACGCAUGGGUGCAGGACAAGCUGUGCCCUGCUGGGCUGAGAUGCCCUGCGUCUUCCCAGGUGACCACGCCGGCCUCAGGACAUGCACGGACACAGCCGCAACGGGCAGGCCCACGUGCCCCGGCGGAAACGCCGCAACCGCUUCGUCAAGAAGAACGGCCAAUGCAACGUCUACUUCGCCAACCUGAGCAACAAGUCGCAGCGCUACAUGGCGGACAUCUUCACCACCUGCGUGGACACGCGCUGGCGCUACAUGCUCAUGAUCUUCUCCGCGGCCUUCCUCGUCUCCUGGCUCUUCUUUGGCCUCCUCUUCUGGUGUAUCGCCUUCUUCCACGGCGACCUGGAGGCUGGCCCGGCGGCGGCGGCGGCAGCGGCGGCGGCGGGGGCCCCGACGGGCAGUGGCGCGGCGGCCCCGACGGCCCCCAAGCCCUGCAUCAUGCACGUGAACGGCUUCCUGGGCGCCUUCCUGUUCUCGGUGGAGACGCAGACGACCAUCGGCUACGGGUUCCGGUGCGUGACGGAGGAGUGCCCGCUGGCGGUCAUCGCCGUGGUGGUCCAGUCCAUCGUGGGCUGCGUCAUCGACUCCUUCAUGAUCGGCACCAUAAUGGCCAAGAUGGCCCGGCCCAAGAAGCGGGCGCAGACGCUGCUGUUCAGCCACCACGCGGUCAUCUCGGUGCGCGACGGCAAGCUCUGCCUGAUGUGGCGCGUGGGCAACCUGCGCAAGAGCCACAUCGUGGAGGCCCACGUGCGGGCCCAGCUCAUCAAGCCCUACAUGACCCAGGAGGGCGAGUACCUGCCGCUGGACCAGCGGGACCUCAACGUGGGCUACGACAUCGGCCUGGACCGCAUCUUCCUGGUGUCGCCCAUCAUCAUCGUCCACGAGAUCGACGAGGACAGCCCGCUCUAUGGCAUGGGCAAGGAGGAGCUGGAGUCGGAGGACUUUGAGAUCGUGGUCAUCCUCGAGGGCAUGGUGGAGGCCACCGCCAUGACCACCCAGGCCCGCAGCUCCUACCUGGCCAGCGAGAUCCUGUGGGGCCACCGCUUCGAGCCCGUGGUCUUCGAGGAGAAGAGCCACUACAAGGUGGACUACUCGCGCUUCCACAAGACCUACGAGGUGGCCGGCACGCCCUGCUGCUCCGCCCGGGAGCUUCAGGAGAGCAAGAUCACCGUGCUGCCUGCCCCGCCGCCCCCGCCCAGUGCCUUCUGCUACGAGAAUGAGCUGGCCCUCAUGAGCCAGGAGGAAGAGGAGAUGGAGGAGGAGGCGGCAGCCGCUGCUGCCGUGGCCGCAGGCCUGGGCCUGGAGGCGGGCUCCAAGGAGGAGGCGGGCAUCAUCCGAAUGCUGGAGUUUGGCAGCCACCUGGAUCUGGAGCGCAUGCAAGCCACCCUCCCUCUGGACAACAUCUCCUACCGCAGGGAGUCUGCCAUCUGACCUCCAGGCCCCGCCCUCGUCACUUCCCACAAGAGCCUCUGCCGGGGGGUGGGAUGCCAGGACACCCCCUCCACACUCAGGACAGAGCUGACCCUGGCCCCAUGGACCUCCUGGAGGGAGGUGGGGGCUUCAAAGACUGGGGAACCCCUUCCUAUUGACUCCAGAGCCCAGGCCUGGGAAGGGCCCAGGAUCCCCUCUGCCCUGUCAGCCUACCUACUGGCAUCUCGGGGACCCCAGACCCACCACCCUUUUCCCACUGACACUUCAAGGACGUGCCCCCUUUACUCUCAGAACCUUGGGGAAGGCGGCUGGACUGCUGGGGGGUGGGCAUCAUGGGGUUCUGGGGUGGGCAGGGGUUAGUGUGGGGGGAGGGAGGGCGGGGGUGCGUUUCUUUUGCAUGACUGUGACCUGUUGCUCUUGACUUUCUUUUGUAAAUAUCUAUAAAUGGAGAGAUGGAGGCACCAAAUCCACCUUCUGCCAUUUGUACCUGCAGGAUGAGGAGGUGCGGUCCCUCUCUGUGAACCCCUCCCCCUCCCGGCCCAGUGAGCCUAGCCCCUUCCCCCCC